UGGCGAACACCGAUCAUAGAAGUAUUAAAAGUGACUACUCGGUUGAUGUAUGAAAUGGCACAUACGACGAAAUGAAAAACGUGAUUCUGCAUUUUGAAGUUAUGAAAGUUUCUUUCAUAACGAUAGUCGUGCUGAUAUCUUGCUGCAAUGGGGAGAAUACUACGGACCAGUACCUCAGCACCCUCAUGGCUGACCUGUGGCUGGAGGGGGCCGACGUCGUCAGGAUCAUCUGGAGAGACUGCUCCAAAAAGCUAGUUGAUGUGAAAGAUGUGAUCGACCACAAGGAAUAUUUUCCGAAGUUCGUGCGUUGCAUGAAGAGGAAGACGCUUCGGGCGCUGGACCGCGCGCUCAGUCCGGACGUCGUGCCGAUCUCUGACGGUGUUAACCUCGUCCGAUACGAACUGGUGGACAACACAGGGAAUAUUAUGCCUGAAAACGAAACCAGUCCGUGGUCCGAAAAGGAAUUGGAGGAGGGGGACUGGCGCACGCUGGCCCUGCAGAGAAUGGCCAAGAUUCUACGCACUCACGUAAUUAAAUUCGACUUCGGCAACGAGAGGACUGUCGAUAAAGCUGAAUACCGAGGUCGGCGCCGUCACCAGAUGCUGACGAUGAUGAUGUUCGGUGUGGUGUCCAUCGGGAUGGUGCUGGUACCAAUGGGUUUCCAGUUCCUCGCAGUUCUCGGAGGAAAAGCGCUCCUCCUAGCCAAAAUGGCGCUCAUACUCGCUUCUAUACAAGGCCUUAAAAAAGUUGACAGUUACGAUGGGUUUCAUGACAGAGGGAAGAUCGCUACUAGUCCGCUGAACUACGGCUUCUACCACUCCUUCCCCCCAUACGACCACUUCGAGAGGAGGAGUCGAGACGGCUGGGCCAACUCCGGAGUCGCUGCUAGCUCGCCACCUACGUACGGGCCCUGGUCUGAUGCGAGCGGUAUCAAAGUAGAUAGAGUACACAUAGCGGAGGAUGAUGUAAAAAUUAUGAAGAGGGACACAAGUGCACAAGAAGCUAGAGAAUUUCCUAUCUACCCAGUACCGUUGGGUCUCCAGAGUUCCUACCCAGUCUACUCCGCGAUAGAUACACCGCUGGCUGACUUCGUGACUAGGCCAGUGGAGGUCCAGGGUUCUUUAUACCCAGCCUCCUCGGCUAUAGAUACACCUCUCGUUGACCUCACUACGAGGCCAGGAGAGGUCCAGGCCGACUACUCUCUGGACUUGCCGUACCAUGGGUUUCGCUUUCAAAGUCCCUCUUCUGUCGUUCCACCUUGAUGUGUUUGUGAAACUGUUUCAGGCCUUAUUUAAUGUAGUGACUAACAUUUACUCCUAUUUAUCACAAGUAUUGUAUCCCAAU